AUGAAUACUUCUCUUCGCGCGAAUGAUACGACGCAGCAACCUACCGUUGAGCACGUUCGUCUCCCACAAAUCAAACUUCAAACGUUUGAUGGAAAUAUUGAUGAGUGGUUGAGUUUUCGAGAUCUUUACACUUCGUUGAUUCACUGUAAGGCCGAUCUACCCGAUGUUGAGAAGUUCCACUACCUAAAGGGAUGUUUGGCUGGUGAGGCAAAAGCGUUGAUAGACCCACUAUCUAUUACAAGGGCAAAUUACCAAAUUGCCUGGGAUACGCUUACAAAACGAUAUAAUGAUAGCAAAUUUCUGAAACGAAGGCAGGUGCAAGCACUUUUCAAGCUACCUUCGUUAACGAGAGAAUCUUCCGCCGAGUUGCAAGCCUUGUUGGAAGGGUUUGAACGGGUCGUACAGACAUUGGAUCAGCUUAUUCAACCAGUAGAUUACAAAGAUAUGCUGCUGUUGGACAUUUUAUCCACACGAUUAGACAAUGCAACGAGACGGGCCUGGGAAGAAUAUUCCUCAACGAAGGAGAAUGACACGGUGAAAGAUCUAACUGAGUUUCUGCAAAGAAGAGUACGAGUCCUUGGUGCAUUACACACGAAGCCCACGGAAACUAAGGCAGAGUUUCCGCUGCAGUUCAGGAAGGUUUUGAAUCCACCUCGUCAUAGCCAAAACGUAACUCAAAAUACGACUGAGAAAUGUGUGGCGUGUUCAGAGUCUCAUCUGUUGUAUCAAUGCUCAGCGUUUCAGCGGCUAACGGUUUCCGCUCGUGAUAAAUUAUUUCGUACGCACUCUUUGUGUAGAAAUUGUUUUGAAAGAGGGCAUAGGGCCCUGGAUUGUCCAUCAAAAAACGUAUGCCGCAUCUGCAAGGAAAGGCAUCACACCUUGGUGUGUUCCAGAGCUGAGAGCAAUCAUGCUGCUAAGGAAAGAGUGAGCAAGGAUAGUGGUUCAACUAAGGACGUGUUCACUCAGGCGGCUAGUACAUCGGUUACUCAAGUGUCUGCUAAUGUAUCGGGUCAUCGAAUAUCGUCCGUGCUGCUAGCUACAGCGGUCGUUUUGGUGGUAGACGACCAAGGCUUUCGUUUUCCAGCACGAGCCUUGCUGGAUUCCGGUUCCGAAUGCAAUUUUAUGACAGUAGGUUUGGCGCAGAAAAUGAAACUCAAAUGUCGAAGGUCCGACGUGGCAGUAUGUGGAAUUGGCGAAUCUACUUCCAGGGUAAAACAAACGACAAAUACUACCAUCAAGUCUCGAGUAUCAGAAUUCUCGCAUAGGAUCGAAUUCCUACUGUUACCGAAGGUCACAGCAAAUCUCCCAACAACAAAUGUGAGUUUGGCUGGAUGGAAAAUCCCGACAGGUGUCGAACUAGCGGACCCAGCCUUUUUCGUAUCGAAGGCGGUCGACUUGGUGCUUGGCAUACAGCAUUUUUUUGCAUUUUUCAAUACCGGAAAUGAGGUUCGGUUGGGUGAAAACCUCCCGAUGCUUACUGAGUCAGUCUUUGGAUGGGUAGUUUCCGGGGCGGUGGAUAAUUUCCAGCAUAGUUCGGUUACUUCCUGCAAUAUGGCGGUCGGUCUGGAAGAAUUAUUAUGUCGGUUUUGGUCCUGUGAGGAGAUUGGGUCUCCCACAAAUUAUUCUCCGGAAGAGUUACGCUGCGAGGAGCAGUUUGCUCAAACUGUGGAACGAGGGUCCGAUGGUCGGUACACAGUUUCCCUACCCAAGGUUGAAGGCGCAUUGGCAAAGAUUGGCGAGUCAAAGGACAUCGCAUUUCGGCGACUGCUGGGAUUAGAACGUAGGUUGCUGAAGGACGUAGAGUUGCGGCAGCAAUACGAUCAGCUUAUGGAGGAAUACCUACAACUGGGACAUAUGCGUAAGGUAGAAACGCGUUCCCUAGAGCAAGUAACUCGCUGCUUUUUACCACAUCAUCCGGUGGUUAAGCAGGAGAGUACUACUACUAAAGUCAGGGUAGUAUUUGACGCGUCCUGUAAAACGGCAACCGGAGUGUCGCUAAAUGAUGUACUACUGACGGGGCCGGUAGUACAAGAGGAUCUUCGAUCGAUUAUUUUGCGGAGUCGAACGAAGCAAUUCAUGUUAGUUUCUGAUGUCGAGAAAAUGUUCAGGCAAAUUGAAAUUAACGCAGCGGAUAGGCCGCUUCAAAGCAUCUUGUGGCGUACAGAUAGCAGCAAGAAUGCCAAAACCUAUGAGCUAACCACGGUGACGUACGGGACCAGGCCCUCACCGUUUCUAGCAACCAGGACUCCCAAACAACUCGCUAUGGAUGAGCGAACACAUUUUCCUCUCGCAGCAAGGGCUGUGGAGCAAGACGUGUAUAUGGACGACGUUUUGACUGGGGUCGAUAAUGAGGAAACAGCAUUAAAUUUAAGAAUGCAGUUAGAGGAAAUGCUACAGAGAGGCGGUUUCCGAUUGAGAAAAUGGGCCUCAAAUUGUCCCUCAGCCUUGCAAGGCAUGUCAGAGGACAAUCUAGCACUGAUAAAAACUGAAGGAUACCAAUUAGAGCCCGAUCCAGCGGUGAGAACGUUUGGGCUCAUCUGGCAUCCAAACACGGACGUUUUUAAAUUUCGGUUCAAGGUACCAGAUUUAACUGAAGGCGAAACACUAACGAAACGCAGAGUUCUUUCAAUCAUCGCUACACUUUUUGAUCCGCUGGGCAUGAUUGGAGCGGUGAUAACAACUGCUAAGGUGUUUAUGCAGUUGCUGUGGUGCUUGAAGGAUGAAAAGGAUAACCGAUUGGGGUGGGAUCAGCCCCUACCAGUGAAGGUUCAAGGUGAUUGGAGAUAUUUUCACGGUCAGCUACUAUUGUUGAACGAGCUGGUGAAAAGUCGUUGUGUGAUUCGACCGAAAGCAGUCUCUGUGGAGCUGCACGUGUUUUCAGACGCGUCCGAGCAUGCGUAUGGAGCGUGUGCGUAUGUCAGAAGCAUAGAUACAGGAGGAAAUGUUUCAGUCGCACUACUCACUUCCAAAUCUAAGGUGGCACCGCUACAAUGCCAAUCCAUACCAAGGUUGGAAUUAUGCGGAGCACGCAUGGCGGCAGAACUAUCGAAACAAGUGGUUGAGGCUCUGAAAAUGGACAUGGAAAUGACCUUUUGGACGGAUUCCACCUGCGUUCUCAGAUGGAUCAACAUGGACAACGUUUGUUGCUAA